ACUCCUUCUCUGUAUAUAAAUGGUGGUAGCAGGGGGGGAUGAUCGUGGCAGCCUCAGGAGCCUGAAGUGUGUGAGCAGACUCUGAGACACUCCAAGUUCCUCCAGCCUCUCCCUCAGCAAACACAUCAGCAUUUUGAAGUGCACCAGCUAUGGCAGAUCAGGAGACUCCUGAGCCUACAGAGACCCCUGCAGCACCAGCUGUACGUCCCAAACGGGUGUCCCACCGUGGCCGCAGUGCGGCUCCUUCGGCAAGCUCCAACAAAGAUGAAGGAAGUGUGCCUGAGUUUGAGGCUUUUGGGCCACUGCCUAGAGGAGUUCCACCUCUUAAUGAGUACCUGGAUAUCUGGGAUGUUGACAUGGUGAAGCAACGCCAUGAGGUGAAUAAGCAGAGUCACCACACUCACCUGUACGCCAGUGACCAUCUGAUUGUACGUCGAGCUCAACAGUUCCAGAUGAAGAUCACCUUCAACCGUCCCUACAAGCCUACAGAAGACAAGUUUGCUGUUGAGUUUGUUAUAGGUGCCAGCCCUCAAUACAGUAAAGGCACCUACAUCCCCGUCUUCCCCACUGAGGAGCGUCGGAGCACAUGGCGUGGUCAGGUGAUCGAGAGCAACGACAAUGUUGUUACCAUGGGCAUCACAGCUGCCUCCGACUGCAUUGUGGGAAAGUAUGGGGUGUAUGUUGCUGUGGUCACUAGAUAUGGCAUUCGAAGGACAAGGAGGGACCCCAACUUGGACUUUUACAUCAUUUUCAACCCAUGGUCACCAGGCGAUUCUGUGUUCCUUGAUGAUGAGGAGCAGAGGGAGGAGUACGUGAUGAAUGAGUUGGGCAUCAUCUAUCAUGGCGCGUACGAUGACAUAUCUGAACGUGCCUGGAACUAUGGGCAGUUUGAGUUUGGCAUUCUGGAUGCCUGUCUGUUCAUCAUGGAUAAAGCUGAUAUGCCCCUCACCAACCGCGGAGAUCCUAUCAAGAUCAGCAGGAAGGCCUCUGCUAUGCUGAACUCACGUGAUGAUGAAGGUGUGUUGGUGGGGAACUGGAGUGGUGACUACAUGUACGGUGUUGCCCCCACCUCCUGGACCGGCAGUGUGGAGAUCCUCCUGAACUACUCCGGCAGUGGAGGAAUGCCAGUCUGCUAUGCGCAGUGCUGGGUCUAUGCGGCUGUCUUCAACACCUUCUUGCGCUGCCUGGGCAUCCCUAGCAGAGUUGUGACCAACUACUUCUCCGCCCACGAUAACGACGGAAACCUGAAGAUGGACAUCAUACUAGACGACAAUGGCAAAAUAGACAGGAACCGCACCAGGGACUCCAUCUGGAAUUAUCACUGCUGGAAUGAGUGCUACAUGGCGAGGCCUGACCUUCCUGAGGGCUUUGGAGGCUGGCAGGUUGUGGAUGCUACACCUCAGGAGACAAGUGAUGGUAUGUACAGGUGUGGACCUGCAUCUGUGGCGGCCAUCAAACACGGCCAAGUGUGCUAUCCUUUUGAUGCCCCAUUUGUGUUUGCUGAGGUGAACAGUGAUGUGGUGUUCUACCGCAGAGAUAAGGAGGGCACCCUGCAACCAGUGAAGGUGAACAGCAGCCAUGUGGGCCGCAUGGUGCUGACCAAAGCAGUGCUGCAUGAUGGACGCAAAGACAUCACUGACCAGUACAAGUUCCCUGAGGGUAGUCCAGAGGAGCGCAGGGUGCUGGAGAAGGCUGAGGAGUUUGGCUGUCAGCGGGAGAAAGCUUCUGUGCCUGAGGGAGACGUGAAUGUGGAGAUUCCUGCGCUGGAGGUGCAGUUGGGGGAUGAUUUUGAACUGGUGCUGGAGUUUACUAACCGCAGCAGCCAGCGUCGCACCGUGGACAUCUACAUCAGUGGUAGCGUGGUCUAUUACACAGGGGUGCCGAGCGCUGAAGUCGUGCUUAAGACACCCACUGUGAAAGUGGAUCCGCACCAGAGUAAGAAGGAGAAAGUGUUGGUGCGCAGCACGGAUUAUCAAAAUGACCUGGUGGAGCAGGGGAACCUGCACUUCAUCGCUACAGGGAAGGUGAAAGAGACGGGUCAGAUCAUAACCGCCAUGAGGCUCAUCAAUGUGCACAACCCCAGACUCACUGUGCAGGUGUCUGGUUCUCCUAGAGUGAGUGAGGAGAUGUACGUGACAGUGGAGUUCACCAACCCCUUUACGCUCAGUCUGAAAAAUGUGUAUGUUCGUCUGGAGGGACCUGGCAUCAUGUCAAUUCAUACAAAGCAGUACAGCAUAAUUGGUCCAGGCACCACUAUAUCAUGGACGGAGCGUUUCAGUCCUCGGAGGGCAGGCACCACCAAGCUGAUGGCCAGCCUGGACUGUGCUGCCCUCAGACAGGUGUAUGGUGAGACGGAGGUCACCAUCCAGCCAUGAAGUCCAGACAGAGGAGAAGGAUAAUGACCUGGUCAGAAUUAAACCAAUUAGGAGAGCAGCAUGGCUAGAGAACUGUGUUCAGUAACACAAACACAGUCUGCUUACAGUAUCAAGCUAUUUGCCUUUGUAUUAGAGUCCACUGAAAGCAUAGAAACACCGCAGUGCAGAUGUAGCCUUCAUGCUUAUGUUAAUGAAUAAGAAUCAAAGGAAUUAUAUAACUUAGGCAUAAUAUUAAUAAUAAUAAUGCUUGUCAUAUUAUCUACAAUGUUGUCACUUAAAGGUUAACCAGGUAAACAGUGCUGACUGGAAAUAAAAACUGUUGAAGAAACACACUUUUCCUCUGAACCUCUUUCACAUUCUUGUCAUAUACUAAAACACAGCCGUUCUUACUUAAAAAAGA